GUGUUGGCAAGAUAGGAGAGGUAAAGAUAAUGUUUUAUGGAGUAAUUAUCUUCUUGAAACAGAAAGAGAUAAUGGCAGCUGGAAAAUAGGAGAGGAUCACAGUUAAAAAGGGAUUUUAUCUAAUAAAGUACAGGUGGCGAAAUCUGAAAGGGGAUUAGACUAGGUCAAAAGGUGAGGUGUCCCACUACUCCAACAAACUACCCAUGAUUGAGUAACUGCCAGCUCAAGAGGAACAAAAAGGAAACUUUCGCAAGAGGAACACACGGCCAGCCUUACUCAAACAUCUGCAAAUUUUCAUACUUUGAUUUUCUCUGCACAUGCUUCCAGAUUUCAGAUUUUCAGCACAGAUUUCGGAUUUCAGCACAGAUUCCAUUAGAAUUAGGCGUAAUUUCAAUUUUAAUCCAACGUUCUUCCCGCCAUCUGCAAAGAGGUCAACUGUGAGGAAGAAGAGGGUCGUUGGGAAAGUCCUCCUUUCUUACUUUCAGCAAAGUAAGUGGCACGCCAGCAUCCAGAUUUCACACGUGCGAGGCCACUAGAGGAUUUUUGAGGAAACAGAUACACAAGUCUUUGCUUCUUUCAACAGUGCAAGAUAGAAUGGUUUCAUUUUGGAUGUGUUGGUCUUAAAGAACAACCAAAAGGAAAAUGGUAUUGUUCAGACUGUGCUGCUGCAAAAAAUCGCCGCAAAAGCAGAUGAUGCUGAAUUUUUAUUUAUACAACCUUGAUGUCGAAGUUUAUAUUUUGCAAUGACUCUGGUAUGUUGUCAACUUUUAUCAUAUCGUUGUGUGUUAUUUCAUGUUUUAGGAACUUCUAUGGGUAUAUUUAAGAUCUGUUAGUAUUUGAAUUGUAUACUUGUAUGACUUAUUUAAAAGAAUUUUGCAGGAAGAUUAGGAGACUCCUUCAGUACAUAAAAUUAUAUUUCUUCC